UAGAUUUCAACGUGCUACUAUGGCAACACAGCCACCCCAAGAGUUCUUCAGUGAAUGAAUGUUUGGUCUCCAGACUUCAAGAUUAUCUCCCCCAGAGCCCCAGAAACAAAGAUAAAGUCUGCUACUGGAUCAACAAUGUGCCAACAGCCAUAUCGCCACACAACUUUACCCCAGACAUUGCAACCUCUUGCUAUCGAACCUGUACUCUUAAAGCAACCCCAGAAUCUUCAGUCUACCUCAUCUGCAGUGAUGCCACGAUCCUCACAGUUGUUACCUGCACAGAUGUUUAAAUCGUCUCAAUCAGAGCUUGUUCUGUUAUCACAAGAGAAAGUACCUUCCUUUGAUGCACACCAAGAUCCUGUUUUAGCAGAUCUCUGUAGACCACUACUUUGUAAAUUAUGCAAUGUAUCCCUGAAUUCAACACAGCAAGCACAGGCACAUUAUCAGGGCAAAAACCACUCAAAGAAACUUCGUAAUUAUUAUGCUGGGCAUCAGUGUGUGGCUACUCCCAAACUGACUCAUUUUGUAGAUCAACCAGGCACACAACUUCACCCACCAGCAUCCCAGGUAAUGUAA